AUGGCGGAACUCAUUCGUAAUCCAGAUAAACUGAAACAAAUCCAAGUGGAACUGGAUGAUAGCGUGGGUCGCCAUAGAAGAGUGGAAGAAUCUGACAUAAACCAUCUGCCUUAUCUCCAUGCAGUGGUGAAAGAAGUUCUUCGACUUUAUCCAGUGGGUCCUCUUAUGAUCCCUCACAGAGCCUCCAUGUUUUGUGAAAUAGAGGGAUUUUUGAUCCCCAAAGACACGGAGGUUUUGGUUAACGUGUGGGCACUGGGAAGGGAUCCUACAGUCUGGAAGGAGCAUUCCAAAUUUAUGCCACAGAGAUUUUUGGAGGGUGAUAAGUUUAAGGACAUUAAGGGCAAGAUUUUGAGCUCAUACCAUUUGGAGCAGGGCGAAGAAUAUGCCUGGGGCUUCCUCUGGCUGAUAAAAUGCUUCAUUUGA